AUUCAUUCGUUCAUUCACUUAUUCUUUUCCCUCGUCUUGACUAUCACUCGUUUUUACUAGUCAUCAUGCUGUCUUCCAACGUCCUCAGUGUUGUCGCACUCCUUGCUGCUGCCGUAAAUGCAGGCCCCUGCCGUCCUUCGACAAACUCUGGCUGGAACCACUACUGAGGUCACCUCAACUGCAACUGUUAUUGACAGUACCACCCAUCUCACAUCAACUAUCAUCGAGAGCGCCACAGAGACUGAGACAACCGACAUUGCCACUACCACGGCCAUCGCUGAAGAGUCUACUAUUACCACAGCCAUCGUUGAGGAGUCUACUACUACCACGGCAGUUGUUGAAGAGUCGACCACUACCGAGGCCGCAAGCACCACGACCACCGCUGCGGUCUACAACUAUUCUUGCGUUACGAGAUCCGACUGUGUUGCCUACCCAGAUAUGUGUCUCGAUGGGCUGGUGAACUUAUGCAUUUGCUCGAACGCCGCUUGCGUGCCGGUCAGCUAAAUUUUGCGCCGCCAUCUUGCCAAUUCUGUCAACCCAGAUAAACGUCUGCUCCAGCUGAUCGAACUUGAAAUACGGUCGUAAAUUUGGGUUAGAUAAAACAUAUGGUCUCGUGUCCCGUACUGCAGAGUUUGGAAUACUCGGUGUAUCUUAUGUCUAAUUCUAUCUGAGCGAGGUUGGAUCAAGGGAAGUGGACACGUUCUUAUUCCUUAAAAUUCGUAUCUCAAACUAAGAUUUCCCCUCUAAUUUGUUGUUGAGAUAUGGGGGCUUGCACUAAAAAUUAAUAAUAAUCCGUG